GGGAGGUGCGCAACUCACGUCAUUCACAACCAUUCUAGACGUCUCGUUGGAGUUAACCGUUCAUAUCUGACAUAUCUCUGUUAAGUUUACAUUUGUGUUAGACGCUUUAUACAUCAAUCUGUUUACGUGAUCGAUUUCAUCCAGUUCUAUGGCAACAUACCAGGAGUUCAUACAGCAGAAUGAGGAGAGGGAUGGUGUUCGAUUCAGUUGGAAUGUGUGGCCAUCAAGUCGACUUGAAGCCACCAGGAUGGUGGUACCCCUUUCUUGUCUUUACACACCACUGAAAGAACGUCCAGAUCUUCCACCAGUGCAGUAUGAACCAGUCCUUUGUAGCAGAACAACUUGCAAAGCAGUACUGAACCCAUUGUGUCAGGUUGAUUUCCGUGCAAAACUUUGGACGUGCAAUUUUUGUUUUCAGAGGAAUCCAUUCCCUCCUGCAUAUGCCGGCAUUUCAGAAGUUAAUCAGCCAGCAGAGCUAAUGCCACAAUUUUCCACAAUUGAAUAUAUAAUGCAGCGUGGACCACAAACCCCUCUUAUAUUUUUGUAUGUUGUGGAUACUUGUUUGGAAGAAGAAGAUCUACAGGCCUUGAAGGAAUCUCUUCAAAUGUCUCUGAGUCUUUUACCUCCUGAUGCACUUGUUGGUCUUAUUACAUUUGGAAGAAUGGUUCAGGUCCAUGAGCUGAGUUGUGAAGGCAUUUCCAAGAGCUUUGUCUUCAGGGGAACCAAAGAUCUGUCUGCAAAACAGAUAGAGGAAAUGCUAGGUCUGAGUAAGGCAUCAGCCCCUGCACAACAGGGGCGACCACUGCAGCCUCCAGAUCAAACAUGUACCAGCAGGUUUUUGCAGCCUGUACAUAAGAUUGACAUGAACCUUACUGACCUUCUUGGGGAGCUCCAGCGAGACCCAUGGCCAGUACCUCAAGGAAAGAGGCCACUGAGAUCUACUGGAAUUGCAUUAUCUAUUGCUGUUGGUUUGCUUGAGGGUACAUUCCCAAAUACAGGUGCACGGAUAAUGCUUUUCACUGGAGGUCCACCUACCCAGGGACCAGGAAUGGUUGUUGGGGAUGAACUUAAAACCCCAAUUCGUUCAUGGCAUGAUAUUGAGAAAGACAAUGCACGGCACUUAAAAAAGGCAACAAAGUAUUAUGAAGCCCUGGCUAAUCGUGCAGCUACUAAUGGUCAUUGUGUUGAUAUUUAUGCUUGUGCCUUGGAUCAGACUGGGCUUCUUGAGAUGAAAUGUUGUGCCAACCUAACAGGGGGUUAUAUAGUGAUGGGUGACUCAUUCAACACCUCUCUCUUCAAACAAACAUUCCAGAGAGUUUUUUUGAAAGACUACAAUGGACACUUCCAAAUGGCCUUUGGAGGGGUAAUAGAAGUUAAGGUUUCAAGGGAGCUUAAAGUAUCUGGUACUAUUGGACCUUGCAUUUCCCUAAAUGCAAAGGGGCAAAGUGUUUCAGAAAAUGAGGUUGGAAUUGGUGGCACAACUCACUGGAAAGUCUGUGGCUUGAAUCCAUUCACAACACUUGGAAUAUAUUUUGAAGUUGUAAAUCAACAUAAUGCGCCAGUUCCUCAGGGUGGGAGAGGAGCAAUUCAAUUUAUUACACAGUAUCAGCAUUCAAGCACGCAAAAGCGAAUAAGAGUGACCACAAUUGCCAGGAGCUGGGCAGAUGCGCAGUCUCAGCUUCAACACAUUGAAGCAUCAUUUGAUCAGGAAGCAUCAGCUGUGUUAAUGGCUAGGCUUGGAGUUUUUAGAGCAGAGUCUGAGGAAGGACCUGAUGUGCUAAGGUGGCUUGACAGACAGCUAAUUAGACUGUGUCAGAAAUUUGGACAAUUUCAUAAAGACGAUCCUUCUUCCUUCAGAUUAUCAGAAGCCUUUUCCCUUUACCCACAGUUUAUGUUUCAUUUGAGGAGAUCACCAUUCCUUCAGGUGUUUAAUAACAGUCCAGAUGAGUCCUCAUAUUAUCGCCAUCACUUUAUGCGCCAGGAUCUUACUCAAUCAUUGAUCAUGAUUCAGCCAGUUCUGUAUUCCUAUUCUUUUUAUGGACCACCUGAGCCUGUACUGCUCGACAGUAGCAGUAUUUUGCCUGAUAGAAUCUUACUGAUGGACACCUUCUUUCAGCUUGUCAUCUAUCAUGGGGAGACUAUUGCACAGUGGCGUAAAGCUGGCUAUCAAGAUAUGGCCGAGUAUGAAAACUUCAAACAGCUUCUUCAAGCUCCAUUGGAUGAUGCACAGGAAAUUCUACAGAGUCGAUUUCCAAUGCCCCGUUACAUUGAUACAGAACAUGGAGGAAGUCAAGCUCGGUUCCUUCUGUCAAAAGUAAAUCCAUCACAGACCCAUAAUAACUUGUAUUCAUGGGGGCAGGAAACUGGAGCUCCAAUUCUAACAGAUGAUGUCAGCUUACAAGUUUUCAUGGAUCAUUUGAAGAAGCUUGCAGUGUCCAGUGCAUCAUAAGCCUCUCUGUAUGCAGUAUUAAAUGUUUAAAACAUGUUUUGAGAUUUGGAUAAACAUUUCAAGGUCUACAAUAAUGUAUUUUUCCUAUUCACAAUAAACUGUGAAAUUAUUUAUUCUUUUAGUACUGAAAGCUAAUAAAUUGUUGGGAAGAGUCUUGUUUAUAUUGGGUGGCUUUGGUUAAGAAAUUUCAAUAGCAUUCCAUCAUUUUUUCCUUGGGUUUUCCCAUUCCAUGUUGUGUAUUUUUUUAAUAAAAAAAAAAAAAAAAAACUGGUACAGAAGUAUAACGGCAUCUUUUUGAAAUUUCAAAGUAUAAAUUGUUGUUUGCAAAGUGUGUCUUGAACCAUAAUGUUUGAAAAAUUAUAAAUAAGAAUGUUCUGAAAUACAAAAUUUUUUUAUUCAUGUAUAAGUGAAUUGGAAAAUUAAUUUAUUCUGAUGUUUACUACAGUGUUUAGAAAUACCAAUACAUUAAAUGGUAAAAAUUAUAAUUUAUAGAAUAAUUGAAAAGAAAUUCUAUAAAUGUUACAAACAGCAUGUUUUAAACCACGUUUAGCUAUUUAAAAUUUACGUUAAGGAUAGUUUUUUGAAUUUCAACACUCUUUAGAUAAUUCAAAUCGAGCAAUAAACUACUUUAUAUACAUUAUGCAAAAUUUGAUUACUCUGUUGUAUUGUGUACAUUUUUAAAUUGAAAUGUUUCACACUCUGCUGUAGACCUUUUAGUUAGCUACUAAUUUUUAAAUCCAAAUUUAUGAUAAACUCAAAUUAAAAUAUAAUAUGAAAGGGUCAUAUUGAUCUAAUUUAUUUUUUUGGUAUGUAAACUUAACUGUAAAAGUACUGUUUAAAGUCCAGUUAACAACUGUAAAGUCUGUUGUGUGUACUGUAUUAAUGUUUUUUGUGUAUGUUUUCUUUUUGGAAUAAAUUAUUCCAUUAAUUCAA